UACUUUGAAAGCGUCGAGAGAACCAUUCAGAUUCUAAGGGCUAUUAUAUUCAUGAUAUUAGCUAACUAGUGGCGUAAGCUUUCUGAAAACGUUUGGUCCACAGGAACAUAAGACGUGAAUCUUGAGGGUUUUUCACCCAUACCAAAUGGCCGUAGUACUACCUGCUGGAAUUGGUGUGACUGUGUGUAUCGUAGCUUUAUCUGCAUUCCUGUUCUACUACAUCGCCAGGUUCCUUCGUAUUUUCCUUCUCAUCAGUAAAUUCGAUGGCCCACCUGCAGUCCCGAUUUUCGGGAAUACACUCCAAUUUAAGAGCGACCCUAGAGAACAUUUCCUGUAUGAUGUAGGUGUACGGGAGAAGUAUCGUCACCAGUCAGGUGGUGUAAUAAGAAUGUGGUUUGGACCAUUGCCGAUAGUACUCAUCUAUAACGCUGUGCACUGUGAGGCACUGAUGAAUAGCAGUCGUCAUAUCAAUAAAGGAACCGAAUACACAUUUAUGGAGCCGUGGCUUGGGAAAGGGUUACUAACAAGCGGGGGUCAGAAAUGGUUUCACCGACGCAAACUGCUCACUCCGACCUUCCAUUUCUCCAUCCUUCAAAGUUUCAUGGAGGUUUUCAACGAACAGAGUAUGAUUUUGGUCAAGAAACUCGGAAAAUUUGCAGAUGAAUCUGAGACCGUCAACAUCUUCCCUCUCGUCACUCACUGCGUAUUGGAUAUCAUUUGCGAUACCGCCAUGGGGAAGCGCACCAAUGCCCAGAGUGACAAUGAAAAUGAAUAUGUUAAAGCCGUUGGAAGAAUGAGUCAUCUAAUCGUCAGUAGAAUACGGAACUUCAUGCUGUGGCCUGAUUGGAUCUAUAACAGAACAGACGCAGGGAAGGAUCAUGAGAAGGCACUACAAAUUCUUCAUGGAGUAACUAAUAAGAUGAUCCAGGAAAGACUCCACGACCCCCUCCAUAGCCCUAAUGGAGGAACCUAUGAAGAUGAUGCAGUCACCAGGAAACGCAAGAGAAUCGCAUUCCUUGAUCUUCUUCUUCAGAUGCACCGUGAGGAUGCUACCUUCACUCUAGAAGCUAUCAGAGAGGAAGUAGAUACAUUCAUGUUCGAGGGUCAUGAUACGACCGCUGCAGCAGUCAAUUGGGCUCUCCUACUAAUUGGCCAGCAUCCAACGGUUCAAGCUCGUCUGCAUGAUGAAAUCGAUCAGGUCUUUGGUGAUUCUGAGCGGCCCAUAACCUCAGACGACCUCUCCGAAUUGUCCUACCUGAGUUGUGUUGUCAAGGAAUCACUGCGUCUUCUCCCGUCUGUUCCAGGUAUAGGCAGGGACUUAGAUGAAGAUAUCAUCGUGAAUGGAAAAGUAGUGCCGAAAGGGGCCUCUGUCUUCUUGAGUAUCUAUGGCAUUCAUCAUGACCCGGAACAGUUUCCUGACCCCGAACGUUUUGAUCCUGAUCGUUUUCUUCCGGAGAACUCGACCAAGAGACACCCUUUUGCCUUCAUCCCAUUCUCUGCUGGACCAAGGAACUGCAUUGGUCAGAAGUUUGCAAUGAUGGAGGACAAAGUUCUCCUGAUCAACAUCCUACGAAGGUUCUCUAUUGAAUCACUUCAGACUCUGGAUGAAACUAAACCAGCCGGACAAAUCAUCCUCAGACCGGCAGAGGGCAACAUACUUGUCAAAUUAAGUCACAGGAAGUAGUUGGGGUCAACACAAAAACGUUUUUUCAUUCGUAUUUUUUUUGGUGAAUCUUUAUUAGAAGAUGUUUUUAAUUUGGUUAAAAUGGGGUUGGGGUGUUAACACACGAACCC